AUGGCAACAACAACAGACCCAACCACAGAAUGGAAAACCAUCCGAUCAAAACGGAAACCCCGCCGCUCAAACCGCACUUCUCCCUCUCAGCGGCAGCCCACCAGCGAACCAUCCUCCUCCUCACUAGACUCCCUCCCCAUGAGCGAGCGCCUCUCCUCCCUCCAAAAAGACUGUGCGCGUUAUGAAACCAUCUGGAACGAGAGUGCCACGCGGAGAGAUGUCCUUUCCCUCGCGGCCAGGAUCGCCUCGGACCUCACUUCUUCUUCUUCUUCCUCUUCUUCCUCGGCGAAAGGGAAGAGAGUGAGGGUGGGGCUUUGUCUCGGGUUGGGGAGUUUAGAGGGAGAGAGGGGAGGGUGGGAAGGGAGACGGAGGGCGUGGAUGCAGCUUUUUGCGUUUGAGGGGUUAGUUCGCGGUUUAGAUUCUGGAGCGAAGAAGGGGAGGCUGAGGACCGUUUUGCAGGAUCCCGUUUUUACGGAGGGGGAUAGGAUGUUUCUCUCUGGGAGGGGCCAUGAGGUUUUGGAGGAUCCGGGGGGUUUUGAGGUUUUGAGGCGGGUAGAAGGGGGGAUGGAUAAGAAGGAGGAGGAGGGGGAGGGGGAGGCCAAGGCCGAAAAGGAAGAGGAAGAGGAAGAGGAAGAAGAGGAUGGGACGCUGUUGUUUGGGGUGCAUUUGUAUUUGCCUGUCUACAAGAGGGCUCUCGAGAGCGGAUUGCCGGCUGUCUUUGUUGGGACGGGGUGGGAUACUUGGGACGACAUCAACCGGGGUGAUGAACUCCCCGCCCUCAAGGAAAUACACGAGACGUACCGGAGGGAAGAGUUUCCCGAGGAAGAGUCCCUGUCGACUUUUUCUUCGACGUGCGUUUAUUGGAAGGGGCCGGACUCUAGACAGGAUGCGGGGGAGGAUGAGGCUAGGGGAGGGAAGAGCCAAGUUGAAUGUCCGGAAACAGAUGGCGAAAGAGAAAAGAGAAGCGAGAAAACUCCCAUCGGAGAGCACGUUAAAGCCACCAUAUAA